AUGACAAAAUAUGCAGAUUUAGCAUUUUUGCCAAAUUGUACAAUAAAAACAAAUAACCCAUUGUCGUCACCUUUACCUUUAUCAUCAACAACAAAUUCUAGUCAUAAGACAACAUUUGGAUUCAGUAAAACAGUUAAAGAGGUAACAAGUCACGAACACGAACAACAACAACAGCAUAAUUCUAUUUCAUCUUCGAAUCAACAUUAUUUUACCAGUUUGUCUAAAAGUACUGUGAAUCGUUUAUAUGAUAUUGAGAUUAGCUCAUGUUCAACAGCCUAUGAAUCAGUUAUGGAGUUUGCACCAACGUGUGAUGAAGUGAUCUCGAAGCAGAAAACAACCAGAGAAGUUUAUGAAGAUGCUGAAGCUCUAUAUCGACAUUUAUCUGAUUUAAAACAACAAUCAAAUAAUUCAGAUAUUCAAACAACAGAUUCAUCUAAUUAUCAUUGA